UUUCAGCAGCUGCCUUCUGCCUCACUGGACACUGAUUUGAGAUUUUAACUUGUUGGCUGUAUAUUGUUUAUUUCCACACAUACCAGACUUGUAGUGAGCCAAGAAUACAGCUGAUACCACUACAAAUGCCUGGAUCCACCCUGUUGUUUGUUAUUAGAGGCAGUUUUAUUUUUCCAGACUUCUUGCCUCUAUAAGCUGCAGUUAACGGUGCAUGCUGAUUUUAAAGUUCAGUCCUCAAGUGUUGGGAGAAAACUGAGUCAGAUCUGGUCGCCUGGACUUUUCCUUUCCUUUUUCUGGAUGUGAGAGAUCGAGCUAUGCUGCUUCCUCUGCUUCUGCUGCUGGAGCUCUGCCUGCUAACACCAGCACAAGAACAGCCUGCUGCUCCUGGUCAUUGUGAAAUCCCACAGAGGGAGGAUGUACACACCACAUGCACCUCCUGCGCUGCAGUCACCACUGCCAGCUGCCCGCUCAACUUCACCAAGGUCGGCACCACCAACUGCAGCUAUGUGGUGCAGAUUGGCAGCAGGGAGGUGGAGUUGAACGGAUGCCAGCACAUCUGUGUGAAGACUUAUAUGCAUCAUCAAUGCUGCCCGGGAUAUUGGGGACUACUGUGUCUACCCUGUCCCAGCUGGAAAGGGAAUCCCUGCAACUUUAAAGGCGACUGUGUGGAUGGAGACGUCGGCAACGGCACCUGCAUCUGUAAAGAGGGAUUCUCUGGCAUUGCCUGUCAGGAGUGCACGAAUCCGAAUUUCUAUGGACCGAAAUGUGAUAAAGUGUGUGACUGUGAGAAUGGAGUGUGUAAUAAAGGUCCAGAUGGUCAUGGAGAGUGUUUCUGUCAGCCACCAUACACUGGGACUCGCUGUGACCAAGUGACCAACAAGUGCAAAAACUGCGGACCCAACUCAUACUGCACGAACAGAGGAGAGGAAAUUGGAUGUGAAUGCUUGGUCGGAUACAUGAAGACAGCACAUGACACAUGUGCAAGUAUUUGCUUAGAUGAUGCCUGUGACAUCAAUGCUGUGUGUGUCACACGGGGAUCAAAGUCCAGCUGCUCUUGUAAGGCCGGCUAUGAAGGUGAUGGGAGUAUUUGUGUACCAAUAAACCCCUGCUUGAAGAACAAUGGAGGAUGUCCCUUUAACUCCACUGUUUGUGUCUUCAGAGGGCCCAACAAGUCCAGCUGUAAGUGUAUGUCUGGCAUGUCACCUAUAGGUGGCAGCCCUGAGUUUGGUUGCCAGCUCGACUCUGCCUGCUCACCUGAUACCUGUCACCCCACUGCUACCUGUCAGACUGAACUGGAUGGGCAGCCAAGUUGUGUUUGUAAACCGGGUCAGAUUGGUGAUGGCCAGCGUUGCUAUGGAAACCUGAUGGAGCGUCUUGUGGAGAUGGAUGCAAGUGGCAGUCAGAGAGAAAAUCUGACAGGAACCGUCACCUUGUUUGAGACUGGCUGUGUACAUCUGCUGAGUCAUAACGGACCCUUGACAGCUUUCUUUCCCUUGUUGAAAGCACCUCUGACUGGUGUCGAUGAGGAGUGGGUGUGUAAAAGCCACCUGAUCCUGGGUCAGCACCUCUAUGAUGAUCUGCAGGGACGAGACUUCAACCUCUACGGGGGAGGAAAGCUGAGGGUCAAAGCAAAUAAGAGGUUCAUCUUGUUGGACAACCCCAGCAAAGUGUACACUGUCAUCCAGUCAGACCUCCCAGCAGCCAAUGGGAUCAUUCACAUCAUUGACCGGCCAAUCACUAACACGCUCUCUGAGGGGCCACCUCGUGAUGAGCAGUUUGCUGACAAGACGAUUAAGGAGAUUCUGACCAAGGAUGAAAAAUACAACCGCUUCCUGUCUUUAAUGGAUAACUGUGGGUCUCCUCCUCCCCUGCAUGGACCAGGACCUCUUACUGUGUUCAUCCCCACCAACCAGGCUGUGGACCAAGCCAGAGACGGCAGCAUCCUGUACAUGCUGAAUGAUGCCAAAUAUAAACUUCAGGAAAUGCUGAGGCACCAUGUUUUUUCCCAGGCUGCGCUGACAGCUGAUGAGUUGGCUGUUCUUCCUCAUAUUCGGACAAUGGCCAAUCAGUUGGUCACCAUCACUAUGUCUGGUGAUGGUGAGAUCCUGUUAGAUAAGAAGGGCAUCCGUCUGGUGAGCCCCAACAUUAGGGCGUCCAAUGGGAUCAUACAUCUGAUUGAUGGGCUGCUGUAUCCGCCCUCCAUCCUUCCCAUCCUGCCUCACCGCUGUGAUGUCAACGAGAGCAAGAUCACUGUGGGUCCCUGUCUUCACUGCAACUACCUCUAUGCGACUCAAUGUCCAGAAGGCACUGUUGAAAUGGACAGUCACCUGAUUGGUUGUGAGUACGCCACGGUUCCUAUCAGGAAACUGUUCAAUAAAGGCUGUGCCAAAUACUGCAAAGCCACCAAACAGGAAGCAAAGUGUUGUCCAGGUUUUUACGGUCCGGACUGUAAACCAUGUAUUGGAGGUUUCCAACAUCCCUGCUACGACAAAGGAACGUGCUCUGAUGGUAUCCAUGGCAACGGGUCAUGCAAUUGUCACCCAGGGUUUAAGGGAGUUGCCUGCCACAUCUGUUCAGAUCCGUCCAAGCACGGCGAGAACUGUGACGAGGUGUGUCACUGCGUCCACGGGGAGUGUGAUAACCGUCCAGGCAGUGGUGGUGUGUGUCGGAGAGGUUCUUGUUGGGAGGGAUACUCCGGAGAAAACUGUGACAAGAAGGCCAUGCUGUGCAACUCUGAUGGCCUGAUGGAGCACUGUCACAUCCACGCAUACUGUACACAGACAGGACUGGACACCAAGUGUGUAUGUAAGGAUGGAUACGCUGGUGAUGGUCAUUCCUGUACUCCCAUCAAUCUCUGUCUGAAGAGCGACAAAGGAGGCUGCGACACUAACGCUGAGUGUCUGUAUGCAGGUCCCGGUAACGUAUCAUGUGUAUGCGUUGAGGGCUGGACAGGCGAUGGCAAAGUGUGUGUGGAGCUCAACAACUGUCAGCUGGAGAGUCGAGGAGGCUGCAGCCGCAACGCUGACUGCAACCACAUUGGACCCGGACAGAGUGAGUGCAUCUGUAAAACUGGUUAUAUGGGCGACGGGAAAGUGUGUGACCUCAUCAACCCCUGCUUCAAAAUGAAUGGUGGCUGUCAUGAGCUGGCAAAGUGUGAGCUGAAAGAGAGUGGCGUUCACACCUGCACCUGUCCCGAGGGCUACGCUGGAGAUGGAAACAUCUGCUAUGGAUCCCUACUGGACGAGCUGGACAUGAACCCAAAGCUGUACAGUUUCUACCGGCUGUCCCAGAAGUAUCUUCACUCCUCUGAGGAUCUGAGUGGGAACCUCACAGUCCUGGUUCCAUCUAGAGAAGCUCUGAGGAACAUGAGCACAACAGAGACCACGUUCUGGACCAGCCGACACCACUUGCCUCACUUCCUGCGGGCUCACUUCUUGCAGGGGAUCUACUCUGUGGAAGAUCUGGACAGUUUGGUGGGUAGUUGGCUUCCCACGCUGAACCCCUCCACUCAGUGGGAGAUCAGGAACAUCAGUGGGGUGAUCCACAUUGGAAAUGCCUCCAUCGUUACUCACAACCUUCCUGCAAUCAAUGGUUACAUCCACAUCAUAAACAAGAUCCUGGCACCAUCUCUCUCAGACAUCCCACCAGAACCUCCCACUCUGAUGGCCUUCCUGAACUCUACCUCCAACUUCACUCUGUUUAGACACUAUGCUCUGAUGUACAACCUGUCAGAUCAGCUGGGUAGUUCGGAUUUUACUGUCCUGCUGCCGACAGAUGAAGCCAUCAAGCAGCACCUCAACAGGACAAACUCCUCUCUGCUGAGCUCCGGUGUGUUUCAGUACCACGUGAUUCCAGGUGGGCUGCUCUUCCCUAACAACGUGUAUGAUGGCCUGGCUAAAAGCACUCUGCUGGGCAACGAUUACCAGGUCCAGUUCCACUUAAAUGACAAGAACCAGACGGUUGUAAAUGACGUCUUUCUUGACGGCAGUUUCAUUGAGACGCAGCAUGGUGUCAUUAUGGUCGUCCCACAGGUCCUCAAAGUCCAUCGCAACAGAUGCACUAAACAGAUCUCCCUGCAGGUCAACGGUAGGUGUGCAGACUGCAGCGGACCUCCUCGAUGUCUCUUCAGCUACAAACCAAUCAGACCACAGUUUCCUCCCAACAUGCAGCCCAACUGCAUGUACAGGAAGCGGAUCGGAGAGAAGAGGAAGUCGGUGCGAGGCUGUAUGAUGAAAUGUCUUCGGUUAACAACGGAUCACUCAUGUUGCCCUGGUUACUACGGCCAUGAGUGCUUCAAAUGCCCUGGAGAUGUCGGCAGCUGGUGCUCCAAUCACGGGGAAUGUCAGGAUGGUAUCCAUGGCAACGGAGAGUGCCGUUGCUAUGAGGGUUUCCAUGGCACUGCUUGUGAGGACUGUGAGCCGGGACGUUACGGCGUCAACUGCACUUCCAAGUGUGGGUGUGACCAUGGCAAAUGUGACGAUGGUCUGGCAGGAAGCGGCAGGUGUGUGUGCUACAAAGGUUGGAAAGGAGCUUCCUGUUCAAUAGAGAUCAAAGACGACGCCUGUGGAGGUACAUGUGAUGAAAAUGCCAAUUGUAUAACAGGGCCACAGGGAUCAGCUGCUGUCUGUGUUUGUGUGGCUGGAUAUCAAGGAAAUGGAACUUACUGCAAAGAACUGGAUUUGUGCAGCAUUUCUAAUGGCGGUUGUUCAAAGUUCGCCUUUUGUACGAAGGUCUCAGCAGUGGAGAGGACCUGCACCUGCACGGAGGGGUACACUGGAGACGGGGUUGUCUGUCUGGAGAUUGACGGCUGUCUUGUCAACAAUGGAGGCUGCCACAAAGCAGCAGAGUGCAUCAGAACAGGCCCCAAUAUGACGGCCUGCAGAUGUCAGAGGGGCUUCCAAGGAUCUGGGAGGUCCUGUUAUCCCGUUAACCCCUGCAGAACUAACAACGGCGACUGCAGCAGGUACGCUCACUGUGAAUACAUCGGUCUGGGCCAGAGGAACUGCACAUGCUUUAAAGGCCAUGUGGGCGACGGCUUUGAUUGCCGGGGAAGCACCAACAAUGAGGUGCACAGGCAGCCAGAAAACAACCUCUUUCGGCUAAUGAUGUUGGGGUCAGAAUCUCCUAGUCUGCAUGGUGAUGGACCGUUAACUGUCUUCGUCCCUCUGAUGGAAACCAACAACGUGUCAACUAUUGAUGAAUGGAAGAUGAUGGGUCGUCUGGAGGAUCUGGUUAGUUACCAUGUUGUUUUCUGCGAAAUUCUGAAUGAAAGUGAUCUUAAAACCACUGAGCGUGCAGUCUCGGUAUCAGGAUACACGCUACACUUCAGCUUGCAGCAGGGUUCUAUCUGGGUCAACAACAGAUCCAGGAUUGUAAAGAGUGAUUACACCACAAGUAAUGGAGUUAUACACCACAUUGACACUCUGCUUAUGCCUUACAAGCUGGAGAACAAACCCCUCCUUCAGACUAAAAUGAUGAACUUCAGUACUGCAGCUGAAGUUUAUGGCUACACUCAGUUCUACAAACUCGUUAAGGAUGCAGGAUUGCUGCCUGUGCUUGAGAUGUCUGUUCACCAGCCAUUCACCAUGUUUUGGCCAACCAACAAGGUCCUCAACUCCCUACCAGCUGAAAGGAAGCACUGGCUCUCCAAUCCUGACCAUCAGGACCAAGUUGCUGCCACUAUCAAGGCUCACAUUGUGCGCAACUCCAGGCUGACAUCUGUCGCUCUACCGAUGCCAUCUAAAUCCCCAUCAUACCGGACCAUGCAUGGAUCCACCAUCAAGUUCAGCUGUGACAAAACACUGGUGGGAGAAAUAUUGAUGAAUGAUAAUUCAGCCAGGCUGGUGGAGAGAUACAUGAGAUUCAAAGAGGGCCUGGCGUUUGGUAUUGACCAGUUACUGGAGCCACCUGGUCUGGGAGCGUACUGCGACAGCGUGGAGAACAAAACCACACAUGGGGCCUGUGGAAGCUGUAUCAUACCUCCCCGCUGUCCCUUUAAACAUGAAGACACGGGGAAGAGGGAGAGUUGUUACAGAUAUCACUCCAGGUUUAGAGGCAGCUACAGAAGGUGGUUUGAUGACCUGGACGUUCACUUAGGUCAGCGCGGUUGUCAGAGAGUUUGUCAGUUUCCUUCCUGGGUGCCAAAGUGCUGCACAAACCACUACGGCAGAGAUUGUCAGGUGUGUCCAGGUGGUGUUGAAGCCCCUUGUGGCAAACACGGCAGUUGUGAUGAUGGUAUGCGUGGUUCAGGAUCCUGUAGAUGCAACAAAGGAUUCAAAGGAAAAGCCUGCGAAUUGUGUGCCAGUGGUUACUACGGCGCCAACUGCACAGCCUGCAGCUGUGCAAUGCAGGGGAGGUGUGACGAAGGCAUUGAAGGUACUGGAUGUGUCUGUGAGCCGGGCUGGGAAGGUGAUCGCUGCGAGAGAAAGAUGAGCUUGAUCCCAGAGGAGUGCCGGCAGUGCCACGUUCACGCCGUCUGUAAUGUAGGUACUGGAUGUCUGUGUGCAGCUGGAUUUGAAGGCAACGGCACGUUCUGCAGUCCAGCUCCACCUGUAGACAUGUGCUCUGAAUACAACGGUGGCUGCCACCUGAACGCAGACUGCAACCAGACAGGACUGGUUGUCAGCUGUACCUGCCAGAGCGGUUACCAAGGCGAUGGCUUUUCCUGUGAGCCCAUCAACAGAUGUGUUGAAGAGCAGAAUGGUGGCUGUAAUGAUUUUGCUUCUUGCAAGUUUACUGGUCCAAAUGAACGAGAGUGUGAGUGCUUGCCGGGAUACGUGGGUAAUGGAGUCCAGUGUCUGGAGAAAGUAGUGCCCCCUGUUGACCGCUGCCUGGAAGACAAUGGAGACUGUGACCCUGUGGCUUACUGCAAGGAUCUGCAUUACCAUGCCAACACAGCAGGUGUGUUUCAUCUCCGCUCCCCUGAGGGAAAGUACAAGAUGAACUUCAGUCAGGCAGACGCCGCCUGCCAGGCUGAGGGCGCCACAUUGGCCACCUUUAAACAACUGGGAGAUGCACAGCAGUUGGGGAUGCAUCUGUGUGUUGCUGGCUGGAUGGAUGGGGGGAAGGUGGGAUAUCCUACCCGCUUCCCUUCAGUCAAGUGUGGAGACAACCAUGUGGGCCUGGUUAUGUACAAAGAGCCGGUGGACCAGAGCAGCAACUACGACGCCUACUGCUACAGGAUCAGAGAUGUUUCAUGUACAUGUCCUCCUGAUUACAUUGGAGACGGAGACUUCUGUAACGGUGUCCUGACCAGCGUCCUUGCAACAUCCAGCAACUUCUCCAUUUUCUAUAAGCUGUUGUUGGACUACAGUGGCUCGUCCUUGGAAGGCAGACAGCUCGUUGAAGUUCUGUCUCACAGGAAGUCUGAAAUCACAUUGUUCGUUCCCCAUAAUGCCGGCUUUGCAAAAAAUGAGAAUUUGACUGAAAGAGAUCUGGAGUAUCACUUCUCAACCAAUCACAGCAGACGAUCAUUUAAGGAUCUGAGACACCAGGAAGUCAUUACUUCAAGACUCGGGUUCAACCUGACCGUUACCCAUGGCAACAAUGAGAGCUAUAAGAUGGUGAACCAGCGGCUGCUGGUCGAUUGGGACAUUCCUGCUGUAAACGGGAUCAUCCACGUCAUUGAGGCCCCGUUGACGGCUCCGCCCCCACCGAUUAUCUCACGAGGCCACGCCCACUCAAGCACCGUAGCAUCAGCCAUCUUGGUGACAUUGCUUCUAGCAUGUGUGUUGGCGGCAGUCGGCUAUUACGUCUUCAGACAGAAGAUAGAUGCUUUCCGCUUCCACUACUUCAAAAAUGAGGAUGAGGAUGUUGUGACCAGCAGCAAGACUAAACCCGCAUUGGUGUCUAUCCCCAACCCGCUGUACAGUGGUUCCAGAGCCUUCACUGAGCCAUUCAGGGACAGCUGUCAGGGGGAAGAGCCAACGCAGCCCGAGGAACCUCCAAACAUUUUGGACUUGGAUCAGUAAAACCUGUGGAACCACUAUACAUAACUGGAGCUGUCUAUUUGCAAACACUGGAAGUCAAUGUGUUUACUGGUUUUCUGCUUUUACACUGUUUACAUGUAUCCAAGCACCCAAUAAAGUUCCCAGUUUACUAAACAGAA